AUGUCAUUCAAGGCUCUUGUCGCCAUUCUUUGCGUCGUCCCUCACGCCUUAGCGCAGACGAGCAGCGCUACUGCUACCGCUACCUCAGGGGCCAGCAGCCCUAGCGCUACUUCCACGACCCCUCUGAACGUCGCGGCCAAGGCGGCAGGAAAGAAGUAUUUUGGUAGUGCAACUGACAAUCAUGAAUUGACGGAUUCCACCUACGUCGAGAUCCUCUCGGACAGCAACAUGUUCGGGCAAAUCACACCCGGGAAUAGUUUGAAAUGGGACGCAACCGAACCGUCCAGGGGAAACUUCACCUUUACGCAAGGCGAUCAGAUUGUUAAUCUCGCUAAGGCGAACGGGCAAUUACUACGAGGCCACAACUGCGUCUGGCACAACCAGCUCCCCAGCUGGGUGACAUCGGGGAACUUCAGCGCCGAUACUUUAUCGUCUAUCAUUACGACUCACUGCGGGACGGUCGUGGGACGUUACCAGGGACAAAUCUGUUUUUGGGAUGUUGUGAACGAGCCCUUGAACGAUGACGGAACCUUGCGCUCAGACGUAUUCUACGACACCCUGGGCGAGGAAUACAUUUCCAUCGCUUUAAGGGCGGCUAAAGCAGCCGAUCCCGAUGCGAAACUCUACAUUAAUGACUACGGCAUUGAGGGAACAGGCCCAAAGUCGACUGGGAUGGUCAACCUCGUCAAGAGCCUCAAAGCAGCGAGCGUGCCCAUCGACGGUAUCGGCAUGCAAGCGCACCUCAUAGUCGGCCAGGUCCCGUCCACUCUAGGGGAUAAUAUCAAGCAGUUCACUGCGCUCGGAGUGGAGGUCGCUAUCACGGAACUCGACCUACGCAUGACGCUGCCGGCGACGGAUGCAGAUCUCGCUCAGCAAAAGGAGGAUUAUCAGAGGGUCAUCUCGACAUGCAACGCUAUCUCGGGAUGCAUUGGAGUUACAAUCUGGGAUUACACCGACAAGUACUCCUGGGUUCCGGCCACUUUCUCCGGCCAGGGAGCGGCUUUGCCUUGGGACGAGAACUUCAACAAGAAGCCCGCUUACGACGGGAUUGUCGCUGGCUUUGCGUCCUAG